AUAACUUAAAGUCUACAAAUUCACUUCCUGUUUUCGCAUUUUCUCUGCUGGGUGAGUGUGGUUGGGAAGGACGCUUAGUUUCUCCAGCACCAUUGAAAUGAUGUGAAGAUCCCGGCAGCACCUCUUAAAACUAUCAGCAGUUUAUAAACAUGGCGAGGCUGAAGUACGCCAGUGAUAUGGACAAAUCUGUCCUUACUAACAAUUUUGAGGCUAGAGGAUGGAUCCCUGUCGGUACAGAUGAUGACUGGAACUUCUACUGGGCUAAUGUGCAGAGCAUUAGAAAUGUGUUUAGCAUCGACUGUGGAUUCCGUCUCACAGACGACCAAGUGAUCAGCCACUUCCCCAAUCAUGUUGAACUGACCAGGAAAGAUCUGAUGGUUAAGAACAUCAAGAGGUACAGGAAGGAUUUAGAUAAAGAGGGCAGUCCCCUGGCUGAGAAGGAUGAGAUGGGCCGCUACAUUCACUUAGAUUUUAUACCGCAGACUUUCAUGUUACCUGCAGACUAUAAUCUGUUUGUGGAGGAGUUCAGGAAAAAUCCCAAUACAACCUGGAUUAUGAAACCCUGUGGAAAAGCAAGAGGGGUCGGUAUAUUCCUGGUUAACAAAUUAUCGCAAUUAAAGAAGUGGUCCAGAGACAGCAAAACCAGCAACUUUACUCCACCAACUUCGAAGGAUACUUAUGUCAUCUCUAAAUAUAUUGACAACCCUCUUUUGAUUGGUGGAAAGAAAUUUGACCUUCGACUCUAUGUUUUGGUGACCUCCUUCCGACCUCUGAAGUGCUACCUAUUCCGUUUAGGGUUUGCCAGAUUCUGUACAGUGAAAUACAAUGCCAGUAUCAAUGAACUGGAUAACAUGUUCGUACAUCUCACCAAUGUCUCCAUUCAGAAGCAAGGGGAUGACUAUAAUGCAGUGCAUGGAGGGAAGUGGACAGUGCAGAAUCUCAGGCUGUUUCUGGAGGGAACAAGAGGGAAGGAGGUUACAGACAGACUUUUUGAUGAAAUGCAGUGGCAGAUUGUGCACUCUUUGAAAGCUGUGGCUGGAUGCAUAUCUAAUGACAGGCAUUGCUUUGAAUGUUACGGAUAUGAUAUAAUCAUAGAUGAUAAUUUAAAGCCUUGGUUGAUUGAGGUGAAUGCCUCACCCUCUCUGACAAGCACCACCUCCAGUGACAGAAUUAUGAAGUAUAAACUCAUCAAUGAUGUCAUCAAUAUUGUCAUUCCUCCUGGACAGGUUCCAGAUGUGAGAUGGAACAAAAUACCAGCAAAGGAGCACCUUGGAAAUUUUGAUGUUCUGUAUGACGAAGAAUUGGCACAGCAGGAUCUAAUCGGGGGGGAUCCAAGGAAGUUAGGUCCUGGAACAUUUAGAGGAAAGCGGGAUGGGAGCCGGCCCUCACCAGCGACAUGGAAAUGAACCCCAGGAGCAGACACGUGUACCAAGCGACGUGGAAAUGAACCCCAGGAGCAGACACGUGUACCAAGAAAGACUUGUACAGAUUUUGUUUCUCAGUACAUGUAAUUUGCUGUGAUAAACUUUUUUUGGGGGUCAACUGGAUUCCUCUCCUUUUAGAGUCUUGAACUCAGUGGAAAUAGAUCUGUAUGAUCAUGUGCUGACUUGUUUGUAGAAUAGGAAAGUUUUCAGGAUCUUAAUGAUCAACUCUUGCAAACUGUGAUGUUUUGUAUUCCGCCCAAUUCAUAAUACAUGUAUAUAUUGAUGUAUGAAUAUUGUGAUAUUUGAUUAAAAAACAGGAAGAAAAAAGAAA